GGUGUAGGUGAAAAUGGAAGUAAACCAACGAGUUCCGUUCAUACCAAAGACGACAACGGUUAAUAGUCGAAAACUGGCGGCCGACCGUGUUGAUGAACAACCGCCAAUUUUCAAGAGUCUUUUCAAGCUUACAAUUGCUAUCAUCAUUUUAAUACUUCUAAUACCUGCUAUCUAUCUGCUUAUUUCACGUGUAUUUCUCUCUGAAAGCAUGAAAUUGGAUGCUGAUAUGUUAGAGGUGAAGAAAUGUCCUGCUUGUGCUGGCCAAUCGAUUUGUCCAUAUUUUUAUCGUGGAGAAAUACGCCUUACAAAUAGACGUCGAGGCAGUUUAUUUCAGACUACAAAUAAUAAUGCGCUAUCAUCAUUCCCCAUAGUUGGCAACAAUGCAAUUAUGGGCUUCUAUGAAACUAGAAAAAAUGUUCUACUGCGUCGCUUGGCAAGUCCAGCAACACCAUAUGCAGUGGAUAAGGCUGUUUGUCGUCGAGGUUUACGCCAGAGUUUUGGUUCAAUCUCACACGAUAUUCUUACUAAUCUUUCAUGCAUACCACAUCUGUCAAUUUGGCGUUGGCUGCCAACAAAUGCUGAUGCUAAUGAUCCACACGGUAAUUCAGUAGAACUUCCAUUGAGUAGAGAGAUUUUAAUGGGAUCAAUUUAUUCCUACAAUCACAGUCAUAGUGAAAGUGAAGCUGAAGUGACAACUGACUUUGCUCCGGCUACAAGAUGUUCCAGUGAUCGUUUAUUUGAACAUCUUCAACAUAGGUUUUUAGAACGAACAAGCUAUGGUGCUGAAACGCGUUGGUUACGUUUUGAUGAAUUGAUGUUUCUCUUCAACUUGGCAAUUGAUCCCCAAAGUGUUAUAAUCCAAUCUUUUCCACGCAAAGAAAAUUGGCCUUUUCCACAUUACUUGGGUUCUUGUGGACGUUGGUCUGUUGAAGAGUAUCAUGGUGUACCAAUAAGUCAUUUCUGUUUGGCAUCUGUAUGGAUUAGAUUACAGAUUCUGUUAAAUAUUCUAAGUCUUCCAGAACAAUUGGAGCAUAAGUCAAUUAUGAAUCAAACAUAUCAUUAUAAUUAUGAUGAACAUUAUUCAUCACAUGGUUAUACAAUAUACCUAGGUGAUUUUGAUUUCAAUUCUCUUUUUCUUGUGGAUCCUAUGACAUAUGAUGUGACUAUUGCUAAUUUAAGACAUGCUAUAAUUGUUGAUACACAAACACUCUCUGAAUUACACUUUGAGUCGACGACUAAUGAACACAGUGUUCCCAGUGAUGCUGUGAAUCUCGUAACAACCGGAUUAAAACAACACAAUUGUCUAGGUAAUACAUCAUAUAUAUCAGGUGAUGCUGGAGGCCAGACACCUCCAUGUUUGUCCACUAGUCAUGCAGAUGAUUUAUGCUCACAUAUACAAUCGGAUCAUAAUAUUUGGGUUAUAUGUAGCAGUUUGUUCUACGGCAGUAGUCAUAGUAGUCGUCAAGCUCAUACUACAGGAUGUUCAGAUUUUCUUUAUCAAAUGCCUAACGAACUGUAUACUCUUAUUGAACGUUGUGUUCAUCAAUCCGGGGCUGGUGUUCGACGUCGACUAAUUGAGGAAAUGCGUCGUGUUAUCAAACAAAACCUUUAAGACUGGCUAGCUGGCUAACUGACUGUCUUUUCUUCUUAUUUUGCCAUAGUUUUGGUUUCUCUAAUGUCUUGUUUUUUUGUUUCUUAGUGCAUUUUUGUAUAGAAUAAAGUACAAAUUGCUUCUUUUCGUAAUGUGUACUAAGUUUCCUUCGCCUAAUUUUCUCUCAUCUAACUUUCAGCUGUUUUGUUUUCUAUGCUGUUUAGAUAUGGCUGUGACUGACCGACUGACUGACUAUUAGGCUGCCUUUUUUUACACCGCAUUUUAAUUACACACACACACAUAUCAUAUCAAUAUUAUUAUUAUAUAAUACGUUUUAAUCGAAAUUUUUUAUAUAGUUUUGCAUUCUUUUUUUUAAAAAAAAGGCUUUUUAUCAGUUAUUUACACAUAAAAUAAAAAGGAUUUUACACGAAUUUUUCUUCCUUAUGUUGUUAUACAAUUUCUGCUAGACAUCCGAUUGCUUCUUAGUUUUAUGGUUAUCAUUUAUCAUUCCCGCGUGGGUGGUUCUGAGUGGAACACAUAUAAA